CUAGGUCAACCUGCUUCUGCAGAUGCCAUGCCUAUGUUUAUGAUGGCUAGUGGUAGUAGUCGUGCAGCAUCUCGCUGCAGUCCAGCAUCCUCAACAGUCGGUAUGCCUCGCUAUCACUCGCCUAGCUCCACUGGCAUUGCUGCUACCACAUCACAUGGCCAUUUGAUGCGUGGUUCUGUCACACCAACUGGCUUGAUGACGCCAGUCAUGUUAGUGCAAUCACCCGUUGGACACCAUCCCUCUUCGGCCUCUGCAGCUGCGACAAUUGCAGCCCAUGGAAGCCAACAGCUUCUUCACGAUCCAGCUUCACAAGUUGUAACAGCAGCAGGUUACAUCGGUGGAUACCCGAUUGACCAUCAUCCACUCGCUCUAUCUGGUAAUCUUCUCCAUCACUCAACAACAGGUGUUGCUGUGAAUUCUUCCCGUCUGCCGGUAUAUCCAGCCUCUUCACCUCUCGCGGGAGCUGCUUCCGCUUCCGUUACUCUGGUUGCUAGCCCAAAUGGCCCGGUACUCGUGACCGCUGGCGGUGGCAUACUACAUCCUGCCUCCUUUUAUGCUGGCAAUCAGCCUUAUCAUCACCAACAGACAACAAUGCGACCUGGUUCCGCUUUAGCCGUCUUUGAUCGUUUAUCCCUGGGUUCCGGAAGUGAUCGCUUCUCAGUGCAGGGUGGUAACGGCACACCGGGUCCGUAUAUUCAGCAUAAUCACCAAAACCAUCCGAACACCUUUAUCAGUCAGCCGACUGUAGAAGCUCAGUUACAGCAGCAACACCAGCAGGAACAACAGCUAUUAUAUCAUCAUCAGCAGUCAUUGUAUCAACAGCAAGGAUUUUCCGAGAACGGCCUUCUUUUUCCUGUAUCUAUUUCUGAGUCGGGCUUUACGGGUUCUACUUAUCAAAUUGCACAGGCCACUGAGUCUUGUCGCCAGCAGCAACAAGAGCAACAGCACCAACAACAUCAUCAACAACAUCAUCAACAACAGCAAUUACAUCACAUUAUUCAUCAACAAAGGUCUUAG